UAACCGUGAAAAGGAGCACUUCAUCCUUCUUUACUGUUUUAAGGAGCGAACUGAACUCGACGGAGGAAGUCAAGUCCAGCUAAUUCACACUGGAAGGAUCAAGGAUAAAAGUGAACGAACGUUCUUCAGUUGAAGUAGAGGCGUUCAAUUGAGUUGAGCCGGCCAAACGUCCUGGCAAGGCCGGAUGACAGUGCAGACAUGGUGAUGAUGGAAAUUGCAGCUUGAAGUUCUCGACCGAAACCCUAAAUUAUAGAAACAGAAUCAAGAUCAGAAGUAAUUAGGGAAAGAUGGCGGCCACUGUUGAUGGAGAUGAGAGGGUAAUGGCCGCAGCUCAACAGAUUGUGAAGAGCUUAGGGACUUCAAAAAACGUUACGGAGGAUAUGAUUUUGAUCCUCUCCAGCUUCGACAAUCGUCUCUCUACUAUCACCGAGUUGCUUUCUAAAGGCGGUGGAGGUGCCGGUCGGAGCAAGACUGAAGAGCGAUUCGAAGAAGCAGAGAAGAUCGUUCUUCGAUGGGAAUCCAAGUCGGGUACUUAUCGGCAUCAUUCUUCACCCUGGGAGGAUUCCCCCGAUGAGGCGGCUGCUUACCUCUCGGCCGUUGAUGAGAUCCUCCAGUUGACUGAGGAUCUGACGCUGUCAUCGGACGGCGAAGUCAUGGACCGUGCUGAGAGCGUUCUGCAGCUUGCGAUGUCAAGGCUUGAGGAGGAGUUCCGCCACAUCCUGAUCCGGAACACGGUCCCUCUCGAUGCUGAGAAGCUUUAUGGAUCAAUCCGUAGAAUUUCGCUCUCAUUUACCUCCAACGAUGGAGACAUUGAGGACUUUGAGAGCUCUGCUGAGGAUGAACAUGAGAGCUGCUCUGAGGAGAGAGGAGGGAUCUUAGGGGAUGAUCUCUCUGCCGACUUGAUCCAUCCGGAUGCAAUUGCUGACCUCAAGGAGAUAGCCGACAGGAUGAUUAGGUCGGGGUAUGAGAAGGAGUGCUGUCAGGUUUACUGUAGUGUCCGUCGCGAUACUUUGGAUGAGUGUCUAUCAAUUCUUGGCAUCGAGAAGCUGAGCAUUGAGGAAGUGCAGAAGAUUGAGUGGAAGUCACUGGAUGAGAAGAUGAAGAAGUGGAUCCAGGCUGUUAAGAUCGUGGUUAGAGUUAUUUUGAUAGGGGAGAGGCGGCUUUGUGAUCAAGUUUUUGGUGGUUCUGAACUGAUCAAAGAGGUCUGUUUUUCUGAGACUGCAAAAGGCUGUGUGAUGCAGCUGCUUAAUUUUGGUGAGGCAAUUGCAAUUGGACUAAGGUCUUCAGAGAAGCUAUUUCGGAUACUUGACAUGUAUGAGGCACUAGCAGAUGUGUUGCCAGAUUUGCAAUCAUUAUUUUCUGAUGAAUCUUGCAAUUUUGUCUAUGGUGAGGCACGGGGUAUACUGGCUGGGCUAGGUGAGGCAGCAAAAGGCACAUUUGCUGAGUUUGAAAAUGCUGUUCAAAGCGAGACGUCACGCAAAACAAUCCAAGGUGGUGAGGUUCACCCACUGACACGUUAUGUGAUGAAUUAUAUAAGAUUGCUUGUAGAUUACAGUGAUUCACUAAAUUUUCUCCUAGAAGGCAGUACUGAUGAUACAGAUCGCUUCGAUGGUGAUAAUGAUGAGGCUUUGAAAUUAGGCAGCACAUCUCCAAUAGGUAACCGUUUGCGAUCAUUAAUUUCAUCUCUGGAAUCAAACCUUGAGGAAAAAUCAAAGUACUAUGAGGAUACUGCAAUGCAGUAUGUAUUCCUGAUGAACAAUAUACUUUACAUAGUUCAGAAAGUGAAAGAUUCUGAGCUUGGCAAGCUUUUGGGAGAUCACUGGGUCCGAAAGCGUCGCAGCCAGAUACGGCAGUAUGCUACGAGUUAUCUUAGAGCUUCUUGGAGCAAGGUGCUAUCUUGCUUAAAGGAUGAAGGUAUUGGGGGUGGUGGGAGCCUAAGUAAUGUAUCCAAGGUAGCUCUUAAGGAGAGGUUUAAGAGCUUUAACUUGGGUUUUGAAGAAAUUUGUAGGAAUCAGACAGCAUGGAAGGUUCCAGAUCCUCAACUUCGAGAAGAACUUCGAAUAUCUAUAUCAGAGAAAGUCCUUCCAGCAUAUCGCUCAUUUGUGGGGAGGUUCGGUAGCCAUCUUGAAAGUGGAAGACAUGCUGGGAAGUACAUAAAGUAUACACCAGAGGAUCUAGAGAACUAUUUGUUGGACUUGUUUGAAGGAACACCUGCAGUUCUGCACAAUCCAAGGAGAAAACUCAGUACAUAGCAGUUGGGAUUUGUGUAUAGGUCAGCGUUCUGGUCACAUCAGAGACUUGUUCCGAAUUCAAAUUGCCUGCUAAGUUACAGCUUGUAUGCUUUUUAUUCCUUGUUGUUUUAAUGUCAUAAUCACAUCAUUUUGGAGUACUUAGGCAUACUCGUCAUAUACUGUAAUAAUUAUGUAAAUGUAAUAUUCAUCUUCUUCAGUUGUGAAUCC